CAAGGUUUGUAGAAAACUGAAAUCAAAUAAUUACAAUCUCAUAAUUCAUCAUUGUGUGUUGACUUAUAUUUGCGUUGACUUCAUCAACAUUCAUCGAAAUGCUACCACAAAAAUGUUUGAUUAUGAUGGCCAGUUUGGCUAUCGCGUUUGCAGCACCAUCAGAUUCAAGUGAAACAUCUGCGGAGAACAACCACAGAAUAGCGAAGGAGUGCUUGACCAAAUAUACCCUCACUAGCGAAACCAUCUCUGAAUUUCACCAAAACCCAGAAGAUCCGCCAAAGAUGAUGCUAUGCUACAUGAAAUGCUUCCUAGAACGCAAAGGACUGCUCGAUGAGCAAGGUAACAUAAAUUUGGACUAUAAGAGUAAUGAAGACGAUGAAGAAGAGUAUUCGGACGAAAGUUCAAGUUCUGAGGAAUAUGUAGCUAUUGGCCAAUCUGCUGAAGAUGACCUUAGUUGUUUGAAGCAUCUGGAACCUAUAAAAACUUGCAGCGAUAUGAAACGAGUAUUGAAGUGUUUGCCGAAUGUAAGAUACUCUGGAAACAAAUGAGAAGAAGAAGAUGAAUGAGUUGUUGAAUGAUUAAACAGAAUAGGAAACUAUUACUCCAAUUCUCUUACUUGUUUUUAAUUUUUCUAAUAGAAAUCAUUUAUACAAUUUAAAUUUCAAAUAGCUAAUGUAUAUAAAUAUUCUAUUAAUAAAGAGCAUAACAAUUUUUGAAAAUCAAUCAAUAAUUAUAGCAUGUGUGUGAGAAACAUGAAAUAAUAAGAAAACAAAAGCAUAAAAAGUGCAAUAACACAGAUAUAAGUUGAAAAGAAGAGGUGCUAAAAAUGCUUCUUGUGGAAGACUGCUAUUCAAUGUUUUGAAAUUACUACUACUAUGAUCAACAAAAACACGAAAUCUGACAGCAUGUUCUUUAGCAAGCCAACCAUCUUUCCUCACUUAAGAUGUGUAUAAAGUCCAAACUUCUAUACUGUUUAACACUGAAAAA